AUGACACAUACAAAUGGCUCCGUUGUGACUGAAUUCAUAUUGGUGGGCUUAACGGAUCUACCUGAUCUUCAACUACCCCUGUUCUUCCUGUUUCUCGUCAUAUAUAUAGUCACUGUGUUGGGAAAUUUGGGCUUGAUAACUCUAAUUGGGUUGAACUCACACCUCCACACCCCCAUGUACUUUUUCCUCUUUAAUUUGUCUUUCAUAGACCUCUGCUAUUCCUCUGUGUUUACACCCAAAAUGCUGAUGAACUUUGUGUCAAAAAAGAAUGUCAUUUCUUACAUGGGAUGUAUGACGCAGCUCUACUUUUUUUGUUUCUUCAUUAUUUCUGAGUGUUAUGUGCUGACGUCAAUGGCCUAUGAUCGCUAUGUGGCCAUCUGUAAACCACUUUUGUACAAUGCAAUCAUGUCCCCUAAAGUCUGCUUCCACCUUAUGCUUGGUUCAUAUUUGAUGGCCUUUUCCGGUGCAAUGGCCCACACUGGAUGUAUGCUGAGACUGACCUUUUGUGAUGCAAACACCAUCAACCACUAUUUCUGUGAUCUGAUGCCUUUGCUUGAACUCUCAUGCACCAGCACUUAUGUCAAUGAGGUGGAGAUUUUCAUUGUAGUUGGCAUCAACAUCAUUGUUCCCAGCUUCACUAUCUUCAUCUCUUAUGGCUUCAUUCUUUCCAGCAUUCUGCACAUGAGCUCUACUGAGGGCAGGUCCAAAGCCUUCAGCACCUGUAGUUCUCACUUAAUUGCUGUUUCUUUAUUCUUUGGAUCUGGUGCAUUCAUGUAUCUUAAGCCAUCUUCUUCUGGGUCAAUGGAUGAGGGAAAAAUCUCUUCUGUGUUUUAUACCAUUGUGGUUCCCAUGACAAAUCCAUUAAUCUACAGUUUGAGGAACAAAGACGUUAAAAUUGCUUUGACAAAAACCCUGAGUAGGAUCAAAGUUCAAUAA